AUGCUAUGCAGAAGUUGCUUAGAAAGUAGGGCCGUUAGACUGAGCUCAUUCAGCUACACAUCUCGCCGAUGGGCGUCGCAAACACAUUACGAGACACUGUCUAUGCCGCGGUCUGCGACAUCCAAGGAGAUCAAAGCGCGCUUCUACGAGUUGUCUAAGAAGCACCACCCUGACGUGUCUCCAGAGUCUGCGAAGCUCUUCACAGACAUCAAUACAGCAUAUGGUGUGCUCAAGAGUGAACGCAGCAGACGCGACUAUGACCGCACACUACCGGCAGAGCGUGGGCCACUGGGUCAAACAGCCUCUGGCUUCCGUAUGGGCAGCGGAUUGAGUCGACGCAAGACGCGACCGAUGGGGACGCCCCCUUCAUCUCCGUACGAAAGCCCUGCUGCGUCCCCGUACGAUACAUCCAAUCGAGCCGCUGGAUUUGGGUUUGGCACACGACCCAUGGCGGAAGGCCAGGUGCGUAAUCCAUACUUCACCUAUGAAGAGCACAAACAGCGGCAUUCUGCGUUCGAUGAUCGCUAUCGUGUGCGUAAUGAAGAAGGUGCAGCGAGACGGCAGGCAGAGGCACAGGACAACUUUACAGCACGUUUUCUGGGUAUUAGUGCUGUGGUUCUUUUCAUCAUGCUGGCAACGGGAGGCAUCAGUCAAGUACGGGCGGAAGUGCUGGCAGACUACCGCCAUGCAGAGGCAAAGAGAGGGAAGCUAGUGCAAGAAGUGGACAUGGGUGAUGCUUUGCGAAGCCAGGAGAAGGCGAAACAGGGUAGAUAUCAGGUGGACUUUUUCAAGAAGGAGUAA